AUGGCUCUUGACAAGAAAACCAAGUUGGUUGUUGUCGGCCUAGGAAUGGUCGGCAUUGCCUUCAUAGAAAAGCUUUUGAAGCUCGAUGCUAGAACUCAUGAAUAUAAUAUCGUUGUUAUUGGCGAAGAGCCCCACCUCGCAUACAAUCGAGUUGGUCUUACAAGUUUCUUCAGCCACCGAAAGGUUGAGAACUUGUAUCUUAAUCCGAAAGAAUGGUAUACACAGCACGCCCCGGACAACAAACUGAGCUAUCACGUAAACACUUUGGUUACUGCCAUCGACUCUACAAAUAAGACUGUAGUUUGUGCUAAUGGCGACGUGGUUUCCUACGAUAUUCUUGUUCUGGCAACCGGCUCCGAUGCGAUUCUUCCACGGCAUACUCCCGGUCAUGAUGCCAAUGGGGUCUUCGUCUACCGGACUAUUGAGGACUUACAGAAUCUCAUCACAUUCGGAGGAUCGCAUAAGGGAACGGUCGGCGCCGUCGUCGGUGGAGGGCUACUGGGCCUUGAAGCUGCGAAUGCCAUGAUGGACCUGAACUGUUACGAUAAGGUGAAACUUAUCGAGAGAAACAAAUGGGUUUUAAGCCGACAGCUGGACGCCGACGCUGGUAAUCUAGUUGUUGAAAAGGUUACAGAUCUAGGACUUGAGAUCCUGCUAAGUAAGAGGGUGAGAGAGAUAAAAACCGACCAGGGAAACAACGUAACAGGUGUCAUAUUCGAGGACGGUGAGCAGAUGGACUGCUCCACUGUCUGCUUUGCUAUCGGCGUACAACCGAGGGAUAGCCUGGCGAGAAGUGCCGGCAUUAAGUGCGCUGACAGGGGCGGUGGUAUCCUCGUCAACGACGACUUAAGUACGAACGUCCCGGAUAUAUAUGCGAUCGGCGAGUGUGCAAGUUGGAAGAACCAGACUUUUGGUCUCAUCGCACCCGGCGUUGAGAUGGCCGACGUUCUCUCCUUCAAUCUCACACAAGCCAAGAUCCAUGUACCAAGAAUCUUCAAACGACCCGACCUAAGCACAAAACUCAAGCUUCUCGGUGUCGAUGUCGCGAGUUUCGGGGAUUUCUUCGCCGACAGAGAUGGCCCCAGUUUCUUACCAGCAAAGGCGGCGAGAAAGAAGACGGAAGAUCAGAGCACCACCAAAGGGUCUCCCUCUCCUCUGGUUAAAGCUCUUACGUAUAAGGACCCCUUCGCUCAAGUAUAUAAGAAAUAUUUAUUCACAACCGACGGUAAAUACCUCCUCGGAGGUAUGAUGAUCGGAGAUACCAGCGAUUACAUAAAACUAGUUCCCAUGGUCAAGAACCAAAAAGAACUAGACAUUCCCCCAGCACAACUUAUCCUCGGUGCAAAGAAAGAGGGUGACGACGGAGCUGAUGAUCUCGACGACGAUACACAAAUCUGUUCCUGCCACAACGUCACGAAGGGUGAUGUAGUCAACGUCGUCAAGGACGGCACAUGUAAGACGUUAGGAGACGUCAAGGCGUGUACCAAAGCCGGUACCGGUUGCGGUGGUUGCAUACCGCUCGUCACCAGCAUCUUCAGCAAGACCAUGGCUGACAUGGGCGCCGAAGUGACGAAUUACCUAUGUGCCCACUUUAGCUAUUCCCGCGCCGACCUAUUCAACAUCGUAAGCGUGAAGCAACUAAAAACCCUAACCGAAGUCAUGCGGGAAGCGGGCAACGACCCGGACUCGGAUGGGUGUGAGGCCUGUAAGCCAGCCGUGGCUAGCAUAUUUGCGUCGCUGUGGAAUAAGCACGUCAUGAGCAAGACGACGCACGGGCUGCAGGAUACGAACGACCGGUUCUUGGGUAAUAUCCAGCGGAACGGCACCUUCUCGGUCGUCCCCCGCGUCUCCGCCGGAGAGAUCACGCCGGACAAGCUGAUCGUCAUCGGCGAGGUCGCGAAGAAGUAUAACCUCUAUACUAAGAUCACCGGUGGCCAGCGCAUCGAUAUGUUCGGCGCCAAGAAGCAGGACCUGCUCGAUAUCUGGGCGAGGCUGAUCGAGGGCGGUAUGGAGAGCGGACACGCUUAUGCCAAGUCGUUGCGGACCGUUAAGAGUUGUGUCGGUACGACCUGGUGUCGAUUCGGUGUCGGGGACAGCGUGGGCAUGGCUGUACGCAUAGAAGAGCGAUAUAAGAGCAUACGCAGUCCGCAUAAGAUAAAAGGCGGCGUCAGCGGUUGCGUCCGCGAGUGUGCUGAGGCUCGGAAUAAAGACUUUGGACUCAUCGCGACCGAGAAAGGCUUCAACAUCUUCGUCGCCGGCAACGGCGGUGCCAACCCGCGGCACUCCGAGCUUCUCGCUAAAGACGUGCCACCCUCGGAAGUCGUACCGAUCCUAGACCGGUAUCUAAUGUUCUACAUCCGCACAGCCGACAAGCUGCAGCGGACGGCGCGAUGGCUCGAGAACCUUCCCGGCGGCCUAAAGUACCUACAAUCUGUGAUCCUCGAAGAUAAGCUAGGGAUCUGCGCCUCGCUAGAAUCUCAAAUGCAGCAGCUCGUCGACUCCUUCUUCGACGAAUGGGCCGAAGCGGUGCGGGACCCAUUGAUUGCAGGCAAAUUCGCACAAUUUGCCAACACGCGCGACACACUCGAGACCGUCGAAACGCAAGACGACCGAGGGCAAUCACGGCCCGUAGAUUGGCCCCGACUCGCCGCAGACGAGGACUUCAAGGGAUUGAAGGACCGCUGGAGUAGCACAUCAUGGCAGCCGGUGAUCGAGGCGAGUUAUUUCGCAGGCGCGGACGCAACACCCAACGGCGUCAGCGCGAACAUCAAAAGAGGCGACACACAGCUCGCUCUAUGGCGCGUUCGCGGGAGGUACUACGCCACGCAGCAGAUGUGUCCGCACAAGCGGUCCUUCGCGCUCUCUGACGGACUCAUCGGCCAAGACGUAGCCGCACCGCCAUCACCUCCCGCUUCCCCUUCUUCCUCUCCUACACCCUCCGAACCAUCCUCCCCUACAGCAGCGAAAAAGGAACCCUGCGGUAACCCCACAACCCCAUGGAUAUCCUGCCCCUACCAUAAACGCAACUUCGACCUAGACAACGGCACCUGCCGCAACGACGCCGACCUCUCCAUCGCCACCUUCGCCGCUGAGGAACGCUCUGACGGAAUGGUGUACCUCAAGCUUCCGCCAAUCGAGGAGCUAGACGCCGCGUUAGGGACGAGUAAAUGGAUGGUGCGAAAGAGUGAUACGCCCGGCGGCGAGUUUGAGGAGCUGGAUCGGAAGAUCGGGUUUAAGGGGCGGAGGGGGAAGAGGGCUGAUGAAGGGAGGGGCGGGAAGGUUGAGGGGGAUGGGGGCGGGAGGAAGGCUGUUGGAGGAGGGGGUGGCGGUUGUGGUGGUGGUGUCGCGGUGGAUUGGUAG